AUGGAUCCGAACUCGGGGCCGUCUCAAGUGAUCUUCGAUGAGGUCCUCUACCAGCCGGCGCCUCCGUCCGUGCAACUGCAGAUGCAGCAGCAGCACGUCGAUCUAUUGAUGAACUCCGAGGAGGACUUCUCCGACUCAGAUUUUGAGGUGGACAUCGUGGUGGACAGCGAUCACGACAGCAGAUCGGAGCAAUCGGAAGACGACGAUGUACCAACGGCAGUAAGUAGCGAGGAGGGUUAUUACAGUAAUACGCAGUGGUCGGAGGAGCAGCCGGUGGUCGUGACGAAACCCCACAUCGAUUUCGAGCUGAAACUGCCCGGGCUUCGGCCGCCGGCGAAAGAGCUCGGUCUCUACAUAGAACCGAUCACCGCUUGGGAGUUCAUCUUCGGUGAUGCCAUGCUCAAGAACAUCAUAUUGUACACCAACAGGAAACUGGCGAAGACCAGGAAGAAAUCGAUGAAUCCGAACAGGACGGAGCUGCGGGAGUGCUGCGAGUUCGAGGUACGCGCUUUCCUGGGACUUCUGCUUUACUCGGGCGUUUUCCGAUCGAACCACGAGAACAUAUCCGCGUUAUUCGCAACCGAUGGGACUGGUCGCGAUAUUUUCCGAGCCGUCCUCUCGGCAAAGAGAUUCCAAGUGUUACUCCUCUGUUUGCGGUUCGAUAAUUGCGAGGAUCGCGAGCAGAGGAAAUUGAUGGAUAAAGGAACCGCAGUCAGCGAGUUGAUAAAGAGCUUCAACGACAACUCACAAGCGGUUUUCUCCAUCGGUUCUUGCGCCAACAUCGACGAGAUGCUCAUCGAAUGCAGCGGACCUUGCUCCUUCAGAAUGUACAUGGCUAAUAGAGGAGACAAGUACGGGUUGAAGAUGCAAUGUCUGACGGACGCCAGAAACAAUUACGCUUACAACGUUUACUUGUAUACGGGAAAAGGAAGCGACGGCUUCGGUUUGAACGCCGACGAGAAACUUUACAGCGCUCCGACCCAAGCUGCCAUACGGCUCUGCAAACCAAUCAUAGGAACAGACAUAAACGUCACAACGGAUACGUGGUAUACAUCAAUGGAACUUGUCGAAGUGUUAAAGGUGUAUGGAUUAACGUGCGUUGGUACUUUGAAAAAGCACAGCCCGGACAUACCGACGCAAUUCCUACCAUCGAGGAGCAGAUCCGUAGGUUCAGCAAUAUAUUCAGCGAACAAGGACACCGUGAUCGUUUCGCACGUCCCGAAGAAGGGAAAAUCCGUGAUCCUGCUCUCGUCCAUGCAUCGCUCAGAAAAGGAAGACGACAAACCGGAGCACGUCUUAUCCUACUACAACGCGACAAAAUCGGGCGUGAAAAACUUGGACGGUAAAUGCGCCGCCUACUCCUGCAGCCGAAGAACGAGACGGUGGUCCAUGGCCGUCUUCUUCAAGAUCAUCGAUAUGAGCGCGGUGAACGCUCACAUCAUCCAUCAGAGCUACGUGGAGAACAGGCAGAGCACCAGAGUGGACUUCAUGAGGACGCUUGCCAAGCAGCUGGUGACACCGUACAUGGAGACACGAAUGACCAAUCCGAAUUUACCCCGCGAACUUCGCACAACUAUACAACGAAUACUUGGCGUGACCAUCGAAAUGAGGGACGUCGAUCUGGAUAAGUUGCCCAGGGAGGAGCGCAAGAUAUGCUUCGUUUGUCCUGCGAAGAAGAGGCGGAAGACCUGUUACCUCUGCUGCAACUGCAAGAGGCCAGUCUGCUUGGAAUGCAGCAGGAAGAUUUGCCUGAACUGUACCAUGGUUGAUGAGGAUCUUUAA